AAUGUCAAGUCAUCGUUGAUUAUCUUUUCGCAGGAUUUUGGCAUUUUUGCUCUGAUCUCAAAAACAAAGCAAAGAUUUUUAGAUUUUAGUGAACAAAAUCCAGAAUAUAUUAUCUUGUUUUCCAAAAACUUGAAGUUCAGUUCAGUGAAAGCAACGUCGUCGUGUCCAAGCACCGUUCUACCUCAAAACCGAAUCGAUAUCCUAUAGGAAAAUCGCCGCGUAAUCUCACAAGCGCAUAAUCACGCAAUGGCGGGCUUCUCGUUGAAGCUGAAAACCAAAACGGGCCAGCAGCAUAUCGUCAGCAAUCUGGACCAGAAUACGACGGUGCGGAACCUGAAGGAUAAGAUCAGCGAGCUCACGAAAAUCCCCGCCGAAGUGUUACACGUAGUGCUCGGGUUUCCACCCUUUAAGCCGUUGGAUCUGACUAGGGAAGAUGAAUUGCUGGCGGCCAUCGGAAUUACCAACGGGGACACGCUAAUAGUGGACGAGAAGCAACUGAGCGAGGAGGAACGGCGCCAAAAGGCUGCCCAAAAGCGCGUGGAGGAAGACGAGAAGCUGGCCAAGGAGUUGGCCGCCCAGAGCGAAGGCAACGGUGGGAUCUUGCUCAAGCAGGUGGUGCCCAGCGACAAUUCGUGCCUGUUCACUAGCAUUGGGUUCGUCCUGACGGGAAAGGUGGAUCCGGAAAAGAGCCAGGAUAUGCGCCAGAUUAUCGCCUCUACGGUGAACGCGGAUAAGCAGGAAUACAACGAAGGAAUUCUGGGCAGACCGAACGAUGAGUACUGUGCAUGGAUUCUGCAACCGGAAUCGUGGGGUGGCGCAAUAGAAGUUUCAAUUUUGUCCGCCUACCAUGGGAUUGAAUUUGACGUCGUGGACAUUACCAAUGCGAUUAUCAAUAGAUUCGGCGAGGACAAAAACUAUGGUAUCAGAGCGUUUCUGUUGUUUGACGGGAUACAUUAUGAUCCACUUUAUUUGGAAUCCACUUCGGGUGAACCUCCGCAAACUAUGUUCCCGAUCGAGGACAACAACGUGUACAUGCAGGCCGAGCAGCUCGCCAAGGAGGCCAAAUCUUCGCGCCAGUUUACGGACGUCAAUCGCUUCACGCUCAGAUGCAUCGAUUGCGACUGCCUGUUGAAGGGCCAAGUCGAGGCCCAGCAGCAUGCGAAACGGACCGGACACGUCAAUUUUGGCGAAGUUUGAUUGCGAGUGAUGGGCGUGUAGUUUCAUGGAAGGACUCUGGAUUGGAAAGCAUUUUGAAUUUAGGUCUAGGUACUAGUUAUGAUGCGUUUAGUAUUUGAAAUUUUCGUACAUUACUGCAGGAAGACUUAGAUAGCCUUGGAUCGACAUACCGGAAUAAUAUAGUUUAUAUUAAGCCGAAUGAGCGUUGCUUUCACGAGGGUUGGGCUUGCAUGUUUUUAGGACUCAAUUCUUCAAUGUUCGGUUCCGGUCGCAAAAUAAAUUUAAAACAUUACGUCUAACAUGUCGAUUCUAGUUUGCAUCGGAGGUAUAAACUUACGAUGCCUUAGGGAUAUGAAAAUUGUGUUCUGCUUUUGAUCGUUUUGCUAAUAAAUUUUAUGCAGUA